AUGAAGGAUGGAGAAUUACCUUCCGGCGAGCAGGCGGAGGCGGGGAGUACUGGAGCAGCGUCGUUCGGAACUCAACAGCGGCGGGUAUGACAGAUGGCGGCUGCCGGCUGGGUGCGGCUAGCGUGAAUUGCGGUACAACGGUAGGCAAUUAGGUUUUAAAAACUUGCACAAAAGAUUUCUUUUGAUAUCUCACAAACCCUCCCACCUCUUCCCGAUUCCCAUCCGCUUCGAUCGAUAUAGUUCUUGAUUCCGUGUUCCCGUUUUUCCAAUCGUGUUCAUCUGAAAUCUUUUCGCAUCAACUCUGUUUUGAAAUUCUUGAUUUUCUCUUAUGUUUUUCAGUCUUUGAGCAGUUCUUUUUCAUUGGGUGAUGAUAAAUUGAAUUAUACUGUUAUCCCUGUCUGAUGCUUCCAUCUGCUGACAAUUCAUCUCAAAUCUGAUGAUGAACGUAUUUUUCUGUUAUUUAGAAAUUCAUAUUUCCCAGUCAUUUGCCUAUGAUGAUAAAUCUCUAUCUAAAACGCCCAAAUUUUUAUUUGGAUCCCAAUGUUGAUAAUACAUUGAACUAGGACGGUCUGAGGCUUUUUUUGGUCUUCAAACAAUCAAUUUCUGAAUCCGUUUGUUUAUGUUUUUUUAAUUUGUUCAAUAAAGAUUGGAUUUUUUCUGCUUAUCUUCACGUUUGUUUCAGUUUUAUCCAUGAAAGAUUUGAUCUUUAAAUUUUCAAGUUUAAAAUCUGUUUGAUUCUUUGAGAAGAUUUCUUGAAGGGUGUAGAUGAUGACAUGUUUAUGUACUGAGCUGAGAGCUUGUAAUUUGUUUAUGGGUUCUAGUAUCUAUAUGAUUCUCUAGUGAAUAGGAAGACCUGAUACAUCCUCUUGAUUAAUCUUCUUUUUUAUAAUCCAAAACUUUUUUUUUUUGGAUUUUUUCUUGAUUUUUCGAGGUUUGAUGUGUGAUGAGAAUGAGCAUAAACCAGUUAUCCCUGUCUGAUCUUUUGUGAUGAAUGCUUUUUAUCUGACAAUUUAAACCUCUGGACUUUUUAAUCUUUAUUUUCUUUGGUUGCACUUUCUCCCAAGCAUUGAUUUUUAUUACGGCAUUCUUUGUUUCAAUGAUGAUAAAUGUACUCCAUUUGUACAUUAUUCAUUCUUACAUUUUUAUAUAGUUAUUGAUUUUUAUAUCAAAACUGAGCUAUUGUACCCCUAGUAUUUUUCCAAUAAAAUACUUUUUUUUUAAUUUUAAAUGUUAAUACUUCAGAAGGUGAAGGAAUACUCUCUGUUUCGUGAGCUCUUUUUAUUUUUUUUCUUGUCUCACUAAUAUCUUUGUUUAUUUAUAAAAAAAAAACUUCUACUAAUUUUUAAGUUACAUAUCACAUUUUAAACUUUUAUUAAUAAUUUAUCCAUAAGAUAUUUCUGGAAGAACUUUAUGUUUAUAUACCUGGAAUUGUGUAAAAUGAGAGAAAUGAUGCAUGUCAUUAAAUAUUUCAUCAAUGUUGUAGGUGAAUCUUUAGUUUCAAUAGUGGAUGAUCAAGUGUUUUGUGGCAUACAUCAAAUGUUUUAUGGCAUUGAUUAAUAAUUAAAUCAAUUUCUUAGUACUUUGGAUUGUGUUCUGAUUUUGGGAUUUUUGUUGGUUAAUAUAACGCAUCAUUUGGCUCUAUGUCAAGCAUUGAGGGUGGCAUAUUUCUUUUUAACAUCUCCUUGUGUUGCUCUACGUUAUAGGGCAUGAUGACGAUCUUGUAAAAUUUGUACAAGCAUUUAUUGGAUUGUACAAGAUGAGGUACUCAUCUCAUAUGUGUCACAUGUUGUGUUUCUCUGAACCCACACAAAAGAACAAAGAUUCAAAAGAACUCACAUGUCCUCAGCCCGUUUGCUGGAAAAUCAACUUCUUUUGUGUUUAUAUUUUAUUUUCUAGGGUUUUUGCUCUGAUCUGGGUGCCGUUAUGUGCUCUGGGUCUUCCUUUUUUUACUGCAGAAAUACGAGAUCUCGGAGAGUGUGGAGGCCAGUUGAAGCUCUUUGGGUUGUGAAAUGAGAGAUUUGUGUUUGAAAUUCUUGAAUUUCUGUUUAUGAUUCAUACUUGUAGCAUAAACCCAGUGUUUUCUUGUUGAACAUUGGGUUUGUCACUUUUUUGAAAAAAAAACAGUACCAAAUUGGAGAAUAAUUGAAUUGAGCAGUCAUUCUUUGGUGAUGGAUUUCUUGAAAGCUAAGAAGUUGGGAAGAGGUCGCAAGCAAAAUCCAGAAAAUGGAGCAGAGGAUAAGCCUGUAUCUCACCCCAAAGAUUCAGAUUGUCAGGGAGCGGGUAAACCCCCCAAAGCAGAAGAAGACGAUGAUGAUUUUAUAGCCAAUGAAAUCAAGAGGAGGCUGAAGGAGCUCCGGAAAAACAGUUUCAUGGGGUUGAUUCCCGAAGAGGUGGCCCCUGAGGACGAAGAAGAAGAAGAUGAUGAUGAGCAAGAAGAUGGGGAGAACAAUCUUAAUCAAUUGAGGGACGUGGAAGCUGAAGGAAGACAGUUUUGGUCUGGAUUUGAUGCUGUGUAUGACAAAUACUGUGAACGAAUGCUGUUUUAUGAUCGUUUGCGUGAUCAGCAACUGCGUGAAUUUGUUUCUCAUGUCCCUUCUUCAACUCCAUCUCCAAGAUCUGCAUCCAAAAAGCUUGCAUCGCCAUUUCGGUGCCUUUCCAUGAAGAAAAUGGACGAACCUGAUGACGAAACUGAGCACCUUCACCAGCCUGGAUUCAACCCUUACCAUGAUCUUGAAACAGCUUAUGUAGCUCAUUUAUGCUUGACAUGGGAGGUACUUCAUUGCCAGUACACACAGUUGAUGCAGAAAAUAUCCGGCCAGCCUGAAGCUUCCACAAUUUACAACCAUAGCGCCCAGCAGUUUCAACAAUUCUUGGUUUUGUUACAAAGGUUUAUUGAGAAUGAACCAUUCGAGCACGGGUCGAGGCCAGAGGUUUAUGCCCGUACUAGGAAUUCAUUGAGUAAACUACUUCAAGUCCCUAAAGUUCAAGGUUCGGAUCAGAAGAAGUCAGAAGAGGAUGAGAUUCUUGUUCUAGCCCCUGAUCUAAUUAAAAUAAUUGAAAGUUCAAUCCUGGCAUUUCGUAAGUUCCUGAAAACGGACAACAGAAAAACUAGCAGUGUUCGUCAUCUACUAGGAAGCCAGAACCAACUGGCUACGCCCCUUCAACAGAUACAAUCCUCUCUCGAAAAGAAAGCCAUGAAAAUGAAGGAUCUACGCAAGAGAAGAAAGAACACGAAAAACCAUUCGUGGCCUUCCACGCCAGGAGAUGUUGACCUGUUGCUUGGCCAAAUCGAUGUCAAAGUGAUGGCGAGGGUACUGAGAAUGGAAAGAAUAAGCAGGGAGCAGUUAUUCUGGUGCGAAGAAAAGAUGAAAAAGCUAAAUGUAUUCGACGGGAAGUUCCACAGGGACCCCACAAUCAUCCUCUUCCCCUGCUAAAGUCGUCGCACUCUUGGGGAUAGAAUAGAUUCAAUCUUGACUGUGUACAUGUGUGUUAACAAGGAUUCAUAGACUUGUCCGCCAUUAACAUUAACUGGUCUUGUUUUAUGGGCGUUUCUGUUUUUUUUUUCUUAAAAAUAGUUGUCUGCAGAUUAUAAAGAGACCAUCUUUUC